CUCGUCUAUGUCUCUCACCUCUUCUCACAUGUACCAACCGAUUUGGGUCCGUCUCGCCCGCAUCCCGCUCUUGGACUAUGUCGCAUACCGUCCGGUCGUGUGGUGCCUGGCUUGAAGAAUGAUAGCAUGAACUUGUAA